CAGAAGAUGGUGACUGCGGGAAUACCUCUGCUGUUGCCUGCCUUUGCUGUUCAAAGAGCAGUUUUCUUUUCCCCGCCAGUGUCAGAGCCCAGAAACCGGAGGAGCUUCUGUUAGCUUUUUGGGAAGAAGGCUUCUCCUCAGAAAUCCAGUCUGCAGUGCUUGUGCUCACGAUCUUGGGAGGCAUUUCAUUUAGCGCGGUAUUCGCUAGCAACACUGUACACCUUGUAUCCUAAAGAGAAAAGGAGCUCACCAUGGGACAACAUUCAAGAUACCUCUCUGAAAAGGAUCUUCUCUUCGGGUGAUAUGCAUUUACUCUGACUGUCUUUAUAUCUAAAGGAUUAUUUUCCUUUUUCCAUUUGGAAAUACUUCAAGUAGAAACUUUGUUCCUUUUUGGAAACGGUCUCCUCACAUUAAGGAUUGAAUACAUAAUGGGCGAUAUGGCUAACAACUCAGUUGCAUAUAGUGGUGUAAAAAAUGCUGUAAAAGAGGCUAAUCAUGGAGAUUUUGGAAUCACACUUGCUGAGCUUCGUGACCUUAUGGAACUGCGAGCUACAGAUGCAUUGCAUAAAAUCCAAGAAUGUUAUGGAGAUGUUUAUGGUAUCUGUACAAGAUUGAAAACUUCUCCAAAUGAAGGUUUAAGUGGAAAUCCAGCAGAUAUUGAGAGGAGAGAAACAGUGUUUGGGAAGAACUUUAUACCUCCUAAAAAGCCAAAAACAUUUCUUCAGUUAGUAUGGGAAGCACUACAGGAUGUUACACUAAUUAUACUAGAAAUUGCAGCCAUAGUAUCAUUGGGCCUUUCUUUUUACCAACCUCCAGGAGGGAAUGAAGCAUUAUGUGGAGUAGUGAAUGUUGGUGAAGAAGAGGAAGAAGGUGAAACAGGUUGGAUUGAAGGAGCUGCAAUCCUUCUGUCAGUAGUUUGUGUAGUUCUAGUAACAGCUUUCAAUGACUGGAGUAAAGAAAAACAAUUUAGGGGGUUGCAAAGCCGCAUUGAACAAGAACAGAAGUUCACUGUCAUCAGGGGUGGCCAAGUCAUCCAAAUACCAGUAGCCGACAUAAUUGUUGGGGAUAUUGCACAAGUAAAAUACGGUGAUCUUCUGCCAGCUGAUGGGGUACUUAUUCAAGGAAAUGACCUUAAAAUUGAUGAAAGCUCACUAACUGGAGAAUCUGAUCAUGUUAAAAAGUCUUUGGAUAAAGAUCCUAUGCUGCUGUCAGGUACCCAUGUGAUGGAAGGCUCUGGAAGAAUGGUAGUUACUGCUGUAGGCGUGAACUCUCAAACUGGAAUCAUCUUUACCUUACUUGGGGCUGGAGGAGAAGAAGAAGAGAAAGAAAAGGAAAGAGAGAAAAAGGACAAGAAAAGUAAAAAACAAGACGGAGCUUUAGAGAACCGUAACAAAGCAAAAGCUCAAGAUGGUGCAGCCAUGGAAAUGCAACCUUUGAAGAGUGAAGAUGGUGGAGAUGGAGAUGAGAAAGACAAGAAGAGAGCUAAUUUGCCAAAAAAAGAAAAAUCAGUUCUACAAGGCAAACUUACUAAGCUGGCAGUUCAGAUUGGCAAAGCAGGUUUGUUGAUGUCUGCAAUCACGGUCAUUAUCCUUGUAUUGUAUUUUGUAAUUGAUACCUUCUGCAUUAAGAAGCAACCUUGGCUUGCUGAAUGCACACCAAUUUAUAUUCAGUACUUUGUAAAGUUCUUCAUUAUUGGAGUUACAGUCCUGGUGGUGGCAGUACCAGAAGGUCUUCCACUUGCAGUCACUAUAUCCCUGGCUUACUCUGUAAAGAAAAUGAUGAAAGAUAAUAAUUUGGUGAGGCAUUUGGAUGCUUGUGAAACGAUGGGUAAUGCAACAGCUAUUUGCUCAGAUAAAACUGGAACAUUGACCAUGAACAGAAUGACAGUAGUCCAGGCUUACAUCAAUGAAAAACAUUAUAAAAAAAUUCCAGAACCAGAAGCUAUUCCUGAAAACUCCAUGGCUUAUCUUGUAACAGGAAUUUCUGUUAAUUGUGCUUAUACUUCCAAAAUACUGCCUCCUGAGAAAGAAGGUGGCCUACCACGUCAUGUUGGUAAUAAAACUGAAUGUGCCUUGUUGGGAUGGCUUUUGGAUUUAAAACGGGAUUAUCAGGAUGUAAGAAAUGAGAUACCGGAAGAGGCGCUAUACAAAGUAUACACCUUCAACUCUGUUAGAAAAUCAAUGAGUACCGUAUUAAAAAACUCUGAUGGCAGCUUCCGGAUAUUCAGCAAGGGUGCCUCUGAGAUAGUACUUAAAAAGUGCUUCAAAAUAUUGAGUGCUAAUGGUGAACCAAAAGUAUUCAGACCUAGAGAUCGUGAUGACAUUGUAAAAACUGUAAUUGAACCUAUGGCCUCUGAGGGGCUCAGGACCAUUUGUCUAGCAUUCAGGGAUUUCCCAGCUGGAGAACCAGAGCCAGAAUGGGACAAUGAAAAUGAUAUUGUUACUGGUCUUACAUGCAUUGCUGUUGUAGGAAUUGAAGAUCCUGUGAGGCCUGAGGUACCCGAUGCAAUAAAAAAAUGUCAGCGUGCUGGUAUAACUGUUCGUAUGGUCACUGGUGAUAACAUUAACACUGCUCGCGCUAUUGCAUUAAAAUGUGGCAUUUUGAAUCCGGGUGAAGAUUUUCUAUGUUUAGAGGGCAAAGAUUUUAAUAGGCGAAUACGGAACGAAAAAGGAGAGAUAGAGCAAGAGAGAAUAGAUAAAAUUUGGCCAAAGCUGCGUGUGCUUGCAAGAUCAUCCCCCACUGACAAACAUACAUUGGUAAAAGGCAUAAUUGACAGCACUGUCUCAGAACAGAGGCAAGUUGUGGCAGUAACAGGUGAUGGUACAAACGAUGGUCCAGCACUGAAGAAAGCAGAUGUUGGCUUUGCUAUGGGUAUUGCUGGAACAGAUGUAGCUAAAGAAGCUUCUGAUAUUAUUCUUACGGAUGACAACUUCACAAGCAUUGUUAAAGCAGUUAUGUGGGGACGAAAUGUAUAUGACAGUAUCUCCAAAUUCCUUCAGUUCCAGCUUACUGUCAAUGUAGUAGCAGUAAUUGUUGCUUUCACAGGAGCAUGUAUAACACAAGAUUCUCCACUUAAAGCUGUGCAGAUGUUGUGGGUAAAUCUGAUAAUGGACACAUUGGCUUCUCUUGCUUUGGCAACGGAACCACCCACUGAAUCUCUCUUGCUCCGGAAACCGUAUGGUAGAAAUAAACCUCUGAUUUCUCGUACGAUGAUGAAGAAUAUUUUGGGUCAUGCGUUCUAUCAACUUGUGGUAGUCUUUACUCUUCUGUUUGCUGGUGAGAAAAUGUUUGAUAUUGAUAGUGGAAGAAAUGCACCUCUUCAUGCUCCUCCUUCAGAGCAUUACACUAUUGUGUUUAAUACAUUUGUUAUGAUGCAGCUUUUUAAUGAAAUUAAUGCUCGAAAAAUCCAUGGUGAAAGAAAUGUGUUUGAAGGAAUUUUCAACAAUGCUAUCUUCUGUAUUAUUGUUCUCGGCACGUUUAUUGUACAGAUAAUCAUUGUACAGUUUGGUGGGAAACCUUUUAGUUGCUCAGAACUUACAGUAGAACAGUGGCUGUGGUCCAUUUUCCUGGGUAUGGGAACACUACUCUGGGGCCAGUUGAUUUCAACAAUUCCAACCAGCCGGUUGAAAUUCCUUAAAGAAGCUGGCCACGGAACACACAAGGAUGAGAUUCCUGAGGAAGAGUUAGCAGAAGAUGUAGAAGAGAUUGAUCAUGCUGAAAGAGAAUUGCGUCGUGGUCAGAUCUUGUGGUUUAGGGGCCUGAACAGGAUACAGACUCAGAUGGAUGUAGUGAAUGCUUUCCAGAGUGGAAGUACCAUUCAGGGGGCUCUAAGGCGGCAACCCUCCAUCGCCAGCCAGCAUCAUGAUAUCCGAGUGGUGAAUGCAUUUCGUAGUUCCCUAUAUGAAGGUUUAGAAAAGCCUGAGACACGAAGUUCAAUUCACAAUUUUAUGACACAUCCUGAGUUUAGAAUAGAAGAUUCCGAGCCUCAUAUUCCCCUCAUUGAUGAUACUGAUGCUGAAGAUGAUGCUCCAACGAAACGCAACUCUACUCCCCCACCCUCUCCCAAUAAAAAUAACAAUGCGGUUGACAGUGGAAUUCACCUUACAACAGACAUGAACAAGUCUGCUACCUCUUCAUCCCCAGGGAGCCCGCUACAUAGUUUGGAAACAUCACUCUGAUUGUAAGCUGAAUGUUAACACACUAGCUGCAUUGUAAAGAAAUUGAAACUGGGUCUUUUCACACAUUGUGAUGGACAAGAUUGUAUUCUUGUCCUGGACUUCAACAGAAGACACUUGUAUGAAUGUAGAUUUAUUUUUUUAAAGAAGCUUUCUGCCAGACUGGAGGGUGCUUUUUUGGGGGUGGGGGUAAUAAUGAACUUUGACAGAAACAGUAACUCGGCAUAAGUGACCUGCGGAUCAUCAGUUGUACUUAAGAAUGGUCCUGAACAGUGUGUUAGCAGGGCUUUAGUUUAUCUUGAUCCUUUUGAAGGGGGGCGGGGGGCUGGGAAGGGCAAGGAGGCCCUGGAUCAUUGAAUUAAUACUUUAAUUUCUGCUGUUGGCUGUUAAUAACUUGGAUUAUUUAUGUUUAUAAAUGAUGCAGAUCUGUUUACAAGGUUUGUAGAUACUUUUUUGUUCCUGUUCAUAGAUGGGAAGCUUCCUUAUAAAUGAUGCAGAGAAAAGAAGAAAAAAAUAGUCCUUCAAAUACUGCUGUAUUUUCAGGAAAAGGGUGUUUCUAUUGAAACUGUACUAAAUUUUGCCUGCAAUUUACCUUGUUAAAUAUUGUAGAUAAAUUGCUGAUACUAAUAGCCAAAUAGAUGACACUAAUGCUUUGUAAAAACAUGAGCAGUGGUGUUCUAAUGAAGUUAUGGCCUCUGUCCUAAUUAGUUUCUUAAAUACAUUUACUACUUAAUGGUUUUGAAACAACAACUGCUUAAUUUUUAAAAAUUUUGAGAAACUUACUGAAUAACUUUUGUUUCGAACUUAGUAGGAUUGUUUAAUGCAGGACAUCAGUGUGAUGGAACUUGCUUGAAAUACUUUUUGUUAUCUCAGGCAAAAUGGAUUAAAUCAAAAUACAUCAGAAACUUAGUCCUUUUUGUUUUUGUUUAAACGUGUUAGCUUAGUGCUGUCUUUUGAACUGUGAGUGGAACUGUGAUGAUUUUUUUUUUUUCCUAAUCCUCUAGAACCUUUCAUACUGCAUGAGGGCUGUUGGCAUUUUGAAAGGCUAUUAGUGGAUAGCUUACAUAGGGGUUUUUUGUUUUGUUUUUUUUGUUUUCGAACUGUUUGUAAACAUGAAUAAAUCUGCCCUUUUAUUAAAAUAAAUAUGCAGCAAUGGUUUCUAACAGA